GGGAUCCAGCACAAGGGCAGGAGCCAGGAUGAGCUGCCUUUAGCCACAGCAAAGCACCACAGGGGGAGGACAGGAGAAACGAGAAGGAAGGAGACAGUGAUGAGCGAUCGGACCUGAUCAGACCUUGUAGGAAAUCUGGAAUAAGCUGCCUUUUUUCUUUAUUCUAUUUUCUUUUUCUUCUAUUUUUUUUUUUUUAAUUUUUAAAUCUACCUCCACCAAACACUUCUGAAAAAGAGACUGAGUUUAAAUUACUCCAGCUAAUUCUUGCUGCCUCCACUACGAAGAAAAAUUGUUUGCCAUGGUGAAAGAAAAAGUGGCCCAUGCUCAGGAGCCCCAUCACCCCUCUGAAAAGCCAGUCAUCCACUGCCACAAAUGUGGGGAGCCUUGUAAAGGUGAAGUGCUCCGAGUUCAAGCCAGGCACUUCCACAUCAAAUGCUUCACCUGCAAAGUGUGUGGCUGUGACCUGGCACAAGGAGGCUUUUUUAUUAAGAAUGGAGAAUAUCUCUGCACCUUGGACUACCAGCGCAUGUACGGCACCCGCUGCAAUGGCUGUGGGGAGUUUGUGGAAGGCGAAGUAGUGACAGCUCUGGGGAAAACUUACCAUCCAAGCUGCUUUGCCUGCACUGUCUGCAAGCGUCCAUUUCCACCAGGAGAUCGAGUUACCUUUAAUGGAAGGGACUGUCUCUGUCAGAUGUGUGCUCAGCCGAUGUCCUCCAGCCCAAGAGAACUGUCUGCCUCAAGCAAUUGUGCUGGCUGUGGAAGAGACAUCAAAAAUGGACAAGCAUUGCUGGCCCUGGAUAAGCAGUGGCACCUGGGCUGCUUUAAGUGCAAGGCCUGUGGGAAGGUCCUGACUGGGGAAUACAUCAGCAAAGAUGGUGCUCCUUACUGUGAAAAGGACUACCAAGUUCUUUUUGGAGUCAAGUGUGAAGCAUGUCACCAGUUCAUUACUGGGAAAGUCCUAGAGGCAGGUGACAAGCAUUAUCAUCCAAGCUGUGCACGAUGCAGCAGAUGCAACCAAAUGUUCACAGAAGGAGAAGAAAUGUAUCUGCAAGGUUCCACUGUCUGGCAUCCCGACUGUAAGCAAUCCACUAAGACUGAAGAGAAGCUCCGGCAUUCCUCAUCUGAGUUCUUUUAUCCAAAGAGUCUGGUUCUGCGCAGGCCACGCUCUGCAGAGCUAUUAUCACCGCCUUGCAUAAUGAACUCUAUCAAAAAAUUAAGGCAGCCUACAAGAACAUCAUCAGAAAGCAUUUAUUCCAGACCAGGUUCCAGUAUACCUGGCUCUCCAGGCCACACUAUCUAUGCAAAAGUAGACAAUGAAAUCCUUGAUUACAAGGAUUUAGCAGCCAUUCCCAAAGUCAAGGCCAUUUAUGACAUUGAACGUCCAGACCUAAUUACUUAUGAGCCAUUCUACACCUCCGCCUACGAGGACAGACAGGAGAGACAGAGUCUUGGAGAGUCUCCAAGGACUUUAUCACCUACCCCUUCUGCAGAAGGCUACCAGGACGUUCGGGACCGCAUGAUUCACAGGUCGACCAGCCAGGGCUCCAUUAACUCUCCCGUGUACAGCCGGCACAGCUACACCCCCACCAUGUCACGUUCCCCCCAGCACUUCCACAGACCUGCCUCCUUCCCUGCCUGUCUCUUAUUGCUUUUCUUUGUCUCCGUUCUGUCCUGCCCCCGCCUCCCCGCCACCGCAGAGCUGCUGGCUCUGGGCGCGCGGCGCGUGGCUCCCCCGCGCUCCAGCGGCCCCGCGCUCCAUGACUCCCGCCCCAACUCCCCAUUCCGACACCACUUCAUCCCCCAUGCCAAAGGCAAUGAGCCGUCCAGCGGUCGGAACUCCCCUGUCCCCUAUCGGCCUGACAGUCGCCCUCUCACUCCAACUUACGCUCAGGCCCCUAAACAUUUCCAUGUUCCAGAUCAAGGUGUCAACAUUUACAGGAAACCGCCCAUCUACAAACAACACGAUGCAGCUGCCUUGGCAGCACAGAGCAAGUCCUCCGAGGAUAUCAUCAAGUCCUCCAAGUUCCCAGCAGCUCAUGCACCAGCACCCAACGAGAUACCAAAGAUUGAGACUGAGCACUGGCCAGGCCCUCCCUCCCUGGCUGCCGUAGGAGCUGACAUGAGGCGCAGAUCAAGCGGAAGGGAGGAGGACGAUGAGGAGCUGCAGAGACGCCGGCAGUUGCAGGAGGAGCAGCUCAUGAAGCUCAACUCUGGUCUGGGACAGUUGAUAUUGAAGGAAGAGAUGGAGAAGGAGAGUCGCGGUAGGUCAGCCCUUUCUGCCAGUCGUUACAAUUCUCCAGCACAUGCUUCAGCCUCCAAAACCUCUUCUCUCCCUGGGUAUGGAAAAAAUGGACUUCACAGGCCGGUCUCCACGGAUUUUGGUCAGUACAACAGUUAUGGGGAUGUGAGUGGUGCUGUUAGAGAUUUCCAGUCCCUCCCGGAUGGUCAUGUCCCUGGAAUGAGAAUGGACAGAGGAGUAUCUAUGCCUAACAUGUUGGAGCCAAAGAUUUUUCCAUAUGAAAUACUCAUGGUGACCAACAGAGGGCGAAAUAAAAUACUAAAAGAUGUAGACAGAACCAGGCUGGAGCGUCACUUAGCACCUGAAGUUUUCCAAGAAAUCUUUGGCAUGACGAUACAGGAGUUUGACAAGUUACCUCUCUGGAGACGCAACGACAUGAAGAAAAAAGCAAAACUCUUUUAAUCUCCCUUUAAACAAACCAACCACAAAUGAUGCAUAGAAUAUUGUAUCACACAGUCCAAACUGUUUGGAAGCAACUACUUAUCCACCAAAAAGGGAAAAUCAACAUAGUGGCACCUCUGCAGUUGAACAAGAUCAACAGUUGCCCUCCUGGAAUGCAGGGAGAAACUAUCUGGGCUCAGAAACAGCAAUGAUAGUUUUCAGAGGUGUCAAUCUGUUACCUGAUGCUUUACAAGAUAGAAAACUGUUCUGUUCUUCUCCCUCAAUGAUAUUCCCUUUACUUCUCUCCACAAUACGAUGGACUUUAUUGCUAGAGCCAGGAAGUGCCCUUAGGAUGCCUUGUAGACUAAAGUAGUUGUAACCACUCCAAGAACUGGAAGAGAAUAUAUACAUAUAUAAAUAUAUAUAUAUAUGUAUGCGUGUUUGCCUGUGUGCACACAUGUAUUUAUAUCUCUCCAUCUAUCUCUGUGUGUGUGUAUGUGUGUAUAUAUGGUGUAUAUAUGGAGAGGGACAUAGGUAGGUCUGUAGUGAAGGAGAAGCCCCUUGUAACUUAUCCACAUGAUCACAGCAAGUCUUUCACCCAACAGUUUCUCACUUGGCACUCUUUUGACACAGUGUCUUCUUUGUGUAACACAGCCUGUGGUGGUGGGCACUCUGCUCAGCUGCAGGACACACCACUUGGAUUUCUGGAAAAUGGACUCCUUGUAAAUAUUUGCUAGGAUAUCAGAAGUGAAUUGCUGUGUGUGUUGUCAGUCUUCCCUCUUCCACACUUUCUGCUUGAAUUAAUAAGGCUGGAGUUUAACCGGUCCUUGGAAUAAUUUAAGAUCACUUAAGUAAUGGGAAUGAUGGAGAAGAGUCAGUUUUCUUGUAAUGUACUCCAGGAGGUGGGUGCAUGGGGGUGGGAAUGGCAGAGUGAAAAAGUGCUAUUUUAAGUGUGCCCUGGUUUGCACCCAGAGAUUUCAGGAUGAACUCCCCGCUAGUAAAUACUAGUACAGCUUAUCAGGCUGCAGUGGAGUUGUAGGAUUUCACAAUGGCAGGGAGAAUGGUUCUCUGCAAGCAAAUUCAUGCAAAUUCAUCCCUCUUCGGGAGGAAAUGUUUAUGAAUUAAAAGGUACCAUCAAGGUGCCAAGCUCUGCCAAUAGAGGCUUUUUGAUUAAACUGCAGUAGCUGUUGUCAGUAUGGCACAGUGCAUGGGGCCAAGCACUCAUUUUAGUUAAUGUAGGUUUUCACUUGUGCUUGGAAAAGAGGGCACAGAUUUUUUUUUUUUCCUCUCUUGAAGCAUCAAAGCUCCAGCCUUGGUUAUUUUUAUUUCCCUUUGUGCCUGACUUGGUUUUUGAAGACAGAGUAAUCAUGCAAAACAGUUUCUGAGCUGCAUUGAACUCCUUAUUGCUUUCAGUCUUCUUCCAAUAUGCUGCAGCUUGAAAAACUGCCUGUAUAUACCUUAACUGCUUCUGGGCAAGUCCUUUGCAGAGGAGGACAUGAGCACCAAAGUAAUGGAAUGGAUGCAGUGUGGCUGCUUUUUCUCUUCCUUGGUGCUUAACUGCCAAUGCAUAACUGCACUAAUGAGCCUGGCUCCUGACAGGAGAGGGUCAUUUAGGUUCUGUGUCUGUCAAAGAAUAUCAAGUUUCCUUUUUAAUGCAGAAACUUCAGGCACUGGAGACAUCAGAACCUUUCUAUUUUCUGUUCUAUGAGACAUUGGUGUUAAAAUCUGGAAGUCAGGCAGAGGAAACAGUCCCAUGUAGUUCUGAGAUUCAGUAUCACUGUGUUGAGUUCUCUGUAUCACCAAAUGACAUUUCACCAUGAACUGUGCAGGACAGCCCAAACCCUGCCUCUUCUUUGCUGGUUUAGGAAGUCCUGUUGUGACAGAUCACUGUGGUUCCUCUGAUAAAAUCUGAGAUGAAGGUUCAGUAGGGGAGAGACAGAGACCAGGGCUCAGCACCUGCUCCAUGUCCCUAAGGGAAUGUGUGUCUGUGGGACAGGCUGGAGAACGUUGCCAGCAAGGGUCUGGCACCAUCCCCACUGAACACAAGUCCCUGGGGACACUGUGACACACACACUUGAGUGAGCUCUCUGGGUGGCACUGAGGUUGCAGCAGGGAUCAGGGGAACAUAUUUCACCUCAUUUUUCAGAACAUAGAUCUGAAAGGUUUUUAGAGGAGCUCUGAGAAGUAAGUGGGAGUGUGUCAGGGGCUCAAAAUGCAUUUUUGAGUGACUGCUGAAAGCAAAUCCAUACAGUGAAAGAGCAGCAGUAUUUUACACUCACAGACAUUGUGAAUGCUGGGGUCUCAGAAAUUCAGUGUCUGGUCACCUGCAAAGUGUGGCUUAACUUUGAGACAAACAUUUGAGUUUUAAUGCAUUUAAAUUAUUAAAAUUCUCUACAUUUUGUCAUCCCACAUCCUACAGACACUCAAACUCUUAGGCAUUACAGGUCUGUUAGUUCAAGUCACCUUGACCAUAUCCCUUUUAGACCUGAGGAGUUGCUUUCUCAAGGAUGUGAGCUGCCAGUCUGCAUUUUUCUGUCUCCAUCUCUAGGUUACUACUGAACUUCUCACAGCACAUAUGAACACACUACCCAGUCAUUUCAGAAAUGACUAAGCCAGGUUGUUUUCUUACCUCUCCCUCCUAUGCAAAAAAAGAAAAAGAAAAAAAGAAAAAAAAAAAAAAAGGAGAAAAAAACCACCUCAGCCUCUUAGCCUGUGAAGAAUGGCAUGGUAAUUUGGGUCUGCCUCAUCAACUGAGAAUUUAAAACUGCAGCUAAACUUGCGAAGGAAUGAAGUGAAGCCAGCUUAGAUGUUGCAGAAACAACUCAUCUCUGACUGGAUUUUUGGGCCACUGCUGGCUCCCAUCUCACUGGUGUGGAGCAGUCAGCCAAUUCACAACUCUCUGCACUAGACUUAAUACUGCUUUAUUCCUGACUGAGAACAUGAAGGGUUUUCUGAGCUUCAGUUUCAUGCCUACAGUUAAUUCUCAACCACCUACAUGUAGACACACCCAAGAGAUCAUCUGUCCACAAAACCCACACUGCAGCCAGCCAUGAGGGAGGGAGGGUUUCUGCAGUGGGCUCUUAGUGAUUGUCACUGCAAUAUUUUCUGUUCUUUCAUCUGGUCUUCCCACCUAAUAUAAACAAAAUGUAGCCCCAGGGAGAAUUUUCUUUGUAAGCAAUUAAUCAUUCUCCUGGUAUCCAUUGAGUAGCAGUUCUUAGUAAUUCCCCUCUUUGAUAUUCCCUUGGGGCAUGUCAGGAGUUGGACUAGAUUAUUUUUAAAGGUCCCUUCCAACCCAAAUCAUUCUAUGAUUCUAUUAAUAUGCCUUAAGUACAUGCUGGUGUUCUUCUAUCUCCUGCAAAGCAUUUGAGCUUCUGAUAAAGUCCCAGCCCAUCAAUGCUGUCAAUACAAUGUCAUUACCAAGGGGACUAAAAACUGAUUGCUUUUGUCUUCUUUUUUCUCCUUCUCUGCUUUAGGAGUGAUGCAAGAGCAAGGUCCAGUCAAAGCAUUGCAGAAUGAGCCCACGUGUACACAUGGGGUUAAGUACACAUGGGAUUAGGUACAGAUGCAGAUCCUUGAGCACGGGUGCAGGUGUGGCACACACCCUCCCCAUUUGGAGCCCAUUAAAUUAUUAAAUGUGGAUUGUGGUGUGCUGUGGAUGUACUGCAGUGUGCUGUGAAAGGUUAGGCUGGGAGAACUCAGUAGCUUUAUGUGGGAUAAGACAUCUCUGUGGCUGCAGUAGUGCUUUACUUCUGUCAAGACAGGUGUCAUCUCUCCUUACGGAGUCCUAAGUCUGUGGGCCAGGCUCUGAAGUGCUUGCUGCCCUUUCCCUGUUGCAGCUGGGCAGUCCUUUCUCAGCCAUGGAGUUCAGAUGUCCUGCUGUUCAAGAGAGUUCAGCAGCAGCCUCUUUGGGAAAAGUUACACACACUGAAGUUAGACACAUUUUGAAGUGAAUCCCUUCCCACAAUCCCUGUGUCUCCUGGCAGGGUAAUACCAAUGACAGAGAAGGGUUAAGGUCUGGGAAGGAGCAGGGUUGGCAUAAGCUUGAUUUCCCCAGGGCUUGCCAGGGUGAUGGUUGGCAGGAUUAGAGGAAAACACUGGCAUGAGCCUGUAGUACCUGUUUCAGACUGUGGGGAAGUGAAGUUUGGAGUUCACAGCAUAUGAGCACCCACACUGAAAUUACUGGUAUGAAGCUGUUAGAACAAGCAACAGGAAAAAUAGGUUUCAGAAUGGUAAAAAUAUCAACAUCCUCUAAACUCUUAGGGGGAUGAUUUAUCUUGGCUCCUCCUGACUUAGGAGGAGAUGUUGGCAUAUUUGCACCACAGGCUUGUAGGGCUGACAAAUGAAAUCCACCCUUUCUCUCACUCCAUGAUUCAUUGCUUUCCUCUGGAAUGUGUUUGUGAAGGAGGAUGUCCACAUCCUGAAUGUUACCUACAGCAGUGAGGAACACCAGUCAGUGAUAAUGACAAUGCAAUAAAACACUUGCAGGAAACAAGAAUUAAACUAAUCUGUCCAAAAUGCCAUUCAUCUUUCUAUGCCAGAGGGAUGCUUAGGGCUUGUCUCCACUGCCCCCUUCCCCAUUCAGUUCUCCCCAGGUCACAGUCUGGUUUGUGCCCUGUCAAACUUUGUGGCCCUGUCAGCACACCCACUAGAGUCCAGCAUAGUCUUCAGGAUAGAUGCUUAGCAAAGGCUGCUCUUGACAAUAUGUGGUACAUUUUUACCCCAUUGCUGCAAAAUGAAGAGCUGGAGAGAGCUCCUGAGCACUGUGACAGUAGCACAAUGCACCUUUUUCCCUUAGUGUAGAACACUCCUAUCACUGUGGGCUGCAGCAUUGCUCUGGCUGGUGAGUUUUGCCUUGUGAUUUCUCCCACACACCUUUUCUGUGCUUAAUGAGAUAAGAAAGAGCAACAAAAAAAUCCAUCACAAUGCAAAGAUACUGAGUUUUCAGUCAGACAACUCUGCUGGCAGGAGCUGUGUGAUGCCCACAUUUGGCAGAAGUGUUAUUAAUUUUAAUGUAAGCAUCAGUGCAGGAAGUGGGAAUGUAAUUGGCCAUUAAUGUUGUUUGCCUGUAUGCAAAAUAAAUUAUUUGUUGCCCAAAGGGCUUCUAACAGGAAAAUAGAUUUCUGCUAAUGAGUUGCUCAAAAAUGCUCAUCUUUGUGAAGAGGCAAUACUUCCAUGUGCACUGUGGUCCUUCUUUUGAGGAAAAAAGAGAUGACUGGAGGCAAACAGUGACCUGUUGUGUCAGGAUCACCACAGUUAGUCCAAGUGUUGCUCCCAGGACUUGCAGAGCUGAGGCCCACAGGACCUUGCCCCGGGGCAUUAGGAAAUGCAGAGUUCCAGCAGCAGAAGCAGCUGUGGGAAUCCCAGUGGUGCCUUACCAGGCUGAGUCUCUGGCUCCCUUAGGAUGCUCUGACAGGUCCCACUGGACACUUGCCUGGGCUUUUGUCACUGAACACCUUCAGAAUGCACUUCCCCCCAGAUGCAAACCCACUGGCAGCACUGGAGCCUCUCGCUGGCACUGCACCCCUGGAGCCAGGGAAGCCUCUGGCUGCUGUGUGUGCCCAGCCAGAGCUCAGUGUCACUCCCAGGGCAGCCCUGUCCAAGCAGGGAGGCUUGGGCAUUGUGGACAGCUCUUCCUGUAAGGGGGCCUUACAGCUGGGGACUUUUUUUAAGCUUUGGAAACUUAAACUAAUUUUUAAAAGGUAUACUUUCCUUUAAAUCAGUAGAUUUGGGCAAUAGGAUUUUUUUAUUAUUUUAUUUUUCUUUUCUCCUCCCUCCACAUGUUACAAACCAGCGUUUUGGGGAGGUGUCCCUGUGUUUUCCAUUCAUCUGUCUCUUUUUCUGAGUCUCUAAAAGUGAAUCAAUGUCUUGUCUGUACAGUAUGUCUGCUUGUAUGCAUAAUGAGAAGUUGAGCUGGGUUGCUGUUCUGUACAAUUAGUGUUUCCACUGUCAUACUGCAAACAGCACAUAUUGCACUCCUGUGCCACUGUAAUCUGCAUCACUGUUGUACUCAAGUCAAUGAAUAAAGUUUGGAGCUUUAUUCUUAA